AUGCAUUAUCCGUCUUUCACCAAUCAUUCAACUCCCGAAACUUACCCCACCGAGUUUGUUGCCCACGACGGUUCGCCACUAAGGUUUCAACAACAACUUUUUCAGUUGUAUACACCAGUAACCCCAUCGAACGACGUAGUGGACCUCAAUCCAGGACAUUUGUUUAGCCAAAACUUCAUCUUGGACAGAAAGCGUACACCUAACAGCUACAUGGAUAGCACAGAUCCCGUUUCUCCCACCUUCAACGAUUUGGGUAAAGGGUAUGGUGACGUGUUACCUCACCUGGAAGGGAGCUCUUACGCCCAGUACUUGUCGAGGUUAGAGGAUGUUUACAAUGACGAUCUGCUUGUGUACGACCAGUUGCAACGUGAAAUCAGUCUUAUGGGAAUAUUAGUCCAUGGUGAACAUCCUUCUCCGAAUGAGCUGAAACUUGCGAUCCAGGAAACAGUUCCCGAGGCUAAUUGUGCACCGAUUGUGAACUACGAAGGUUCUUUCCAGAUUGAGGAGCAAGGCAGAUUUUCUGGAGAGGUGUUCCUGGGACACGAAACUUCUAUAUCAGAAACCUUGAGAAAUGACAAGUUGGCGUGGGACUUUAUCCAAAAGAACAAAAAAAAGGGCACUUACAAAUGCACCCACUGCUCCGACUCCUUCAUCACCCUCAUGGACUUUGCCAAACAUAUCGACAGGUACGGUAUUAAGAGACAGCACAAGUGUCCCAUACUGGAAUGCCCUUGGAAAGUGAUUGGCUUCACAAGACAGCCCGAAUUACGCAGGCACUGUAGGUCCCAACACGCUAUCUGUUGGGACUCGACCAGAAGUAGAGAUGCGUUGACGAAGGGUGAAAUUCCAAAAUUGAGGGACCUGAGACACGGAUGCACUGUCACCCACUGCGGGAACACGUUCAAGAGACGUGAUUUGCUACAAAGACACAUCAGACUUGUGCACGAGAACCCGGAAAGUCGGUUUAACAUUAGAAUGGAAAAAAUGCUCCAAAGGGGGCGACCCUAA